UAUUGUUAUUAAUUCGGUGAGCAAUGAUUUGGAAUUUAUUGCUUAUUAAAUGCGGUUUUGUUUUCUUCUUCAUUUUUUCUUUUUGGUUGGUUUCCCUCCAUUCACCACUUAUUUGCGAAUUCUUCAAUCGAAUUUCUAAAGCAACCAAAAAAAAGCGUUGCUCGAAUCAAAACACAGACAUUUUAUUCUGCUCGAUUUUCGCCAAUUAUUUCGAUUCAUUAUCCAAGAAUAUGAUGUGAAUUUAUUGUGUUUUUUCUAUGUUCUUUUAUCUAUGUUCUUCAUUUACCAGAAUAUCAAUGAAAUUUAAAUGAUAAUAUAAUGGGUGCAAAUUGUACCAAUAUUGUCAAUGCAAAUAAUAAUAUUGUUGAUGAUAAUGAUCAAAAAAAUUUACGUAAAAAAAGACAUAAUAAUGAACAACAAUUAUUAUUAUUAAAUUCAGUUGAUACUGGUCAAAGACAAUCACCAAUCGAUAUUGAUACAUCAUUAGUUGAAAUGAAUUCAGAAUUGAAUGAUUUAAAACGAACAAAAUGUUUAAAAAUUAUUUAUCCAAAAUUAAUGUCAAAUUUAAUUAUACAGAAUACUGGUUAUGGUUGGAAAUUAGAUUUACCGGAUAUGGUUGCAGCUAAAACUGAAUUGAUUGGUGGUCCAUUAAAAGGACAUAUUUAUCGUAUGUGGCAAUUUCAUUGUCAUUGGGGACCAAAUAUUAAUAUUGGUUCUGAACAUACUGUUAAUAAACGUAGUUAUUCAGCUGAAUUACAUUUUGUACAUUGGAAUACAUCAUUAUAUAAUGAUCCAGAAAUUGCAUUAACAAAACCAAAUGGUUUAGCUGUUGUUGCCGUAUUUAUCGAUAUUGGUUAUCAAUUGAAUGAUGGUUUAGAAAAAGUUCUUAAACAAAUUGAAACUGUUAAAUAUAAAGGUGAUAAACGUAUGAUUGAUGAAUCGAUUGAUAUUGAAAAAUUAAUGCCAACAAAUCGUUCAUAUUGGACAUAUAAUGGUUCGCUAACAACACCACCAUUAUUUGAAUCAGUUACAUGGAUCAUUUAUACAACACCGAUUUAUAGUCAACAUGAACAGAUUGCCAAAUUUCGUAAAUUAUUCUAUACAAGUGAAAAUGAAACCAAUUUUGGUGGACAUUUAAUUGAAAAUUAUCGCCAUACACAACCAUUAAAUGGACGUGUUGUUAAAUUUUUUCGUGAUACAAAUUCAUCUCAAUCAUCAUCAACAACUGAUGGCAUUUCCAUACAAAAUCCAUCAACAAUUCCAAGAAAUAGAGUGAAUAAUAUUAAUAAUAAUCAGUUCGUUUCAAGAAAUAUGAUGAAUUCAAAUGAAAUUCAAUCAUCAUCAUCAAGAACGAUGAUGACGAUGAUGAUGAAUAAUAAUCAUAAUCAAAAUAAUAGAAUCAUGCGUAAUAAUUAUACAAGACGUCCAAAUAAUGGUCAUCAAUUUUUACGAUAGCCAAUAGAAAAUUCUAUCAAGAUGAAAAUUUUUCAAUUAAUAAUUUUUCAAAUUUUUUGUUUUUGUUAAUGUAUCCGUUGAAAAGUCUUUGUUGUUGUCG